AAGUACUUCUUGGCAGCUCAACACACAAGAACAGCCUUGCCGACCAAGACAACGACAACAAGCCCCCACCGUCAUCUCAGCUCUUUCGACGUGUUUGCGAAGACCUAGGCGUAUAAACCACAUCCGUAUAAACCUCUCAUCAACCCAACCCGACUCCCAUCCGCACCAACACACCUCGUCUCAAGACUUCCAACCCGAAGCUCUCCCAAACGAAUUCACCUUACGCCAGUGCUUCACGGUCCCCUUGCAUGUCUCCCCACAACCAGGAAGCCAUUUCUUCGAGCCCAUCCGAUAUCCGCAAAGAUGUAGCGGUCCCGACCAAUAGCGAGAUAUCCUCCCUUUCAGAGCAGGCACCCCGAAACACCUCUCCGGGUGCGACUUCCGAUGCGGCACAGGGAGGGGAUGCCGAGGAGGAUGACUUGCCGAACCUUAGAAAUGGGAAGGGAAAUAAAGCGGGCGAGAACUCGGAAGGCGAAUCGCAGACUGUCGGUGGACUUACGCGACAGGACAAACAACCUGACGAUGGCGACCUAAUGUCCUCUUCGAUCGCGACCUUGAAACCAACCACGUUCCCCACGACUACCGCAGCCACGCAAUACCUGACGGCCGAAUCAAAAACCUACGUUGAUCCCACCCCACCCACACCGACGUGUUCCCGACCCCCUUCGCGAGCGCCCUCGUCUGCCCGGCCGAGGUCCGAAGAUCCCUCCCCCACGAGAUCCGAUGCCGCCUACGACGAGAAGAGAUACACUAGCGAGGAUGAGCAGGAACAUGGGUCCAGGUCUGAAAUUCAGAGCAUCAUGGAGCAGUUUAGUGAGCUCGGGGGCGGUCCCGAUGCCGAGGAGGUCAUGAGUCCCAGGCUAGAGAUAGCGUCGCCGCUUCUGGGGGGUCCGAUCCAGCACCCUCCUCGAAAAUCAAGCCUGGAGCCCCUGGCCCCUACCAUCACACACCAGUUCCAAGACUUGCCAGGCCUUCGGGUAUCGACUUCAUCGCCGGGGGAUACAAGAUCGAAACCGGAAGGCGAAGACUUUGGGCCCCCAGUCCCCCCCAAGGACGAGUCUGGCUAUUCAGGGCGCUUAGGGGAUGACAGCGUUGAUUCACCCAUGUCUCCUAUUGCCUCGCUACACCGCCCACCCCCGCCGGAGCCUGAGCCGGAGCCGACGCUGCCGUUCGACUUCCACCGGUUCUUGGAGCAGCUGCGCAAUAAGAAGGCCGAUCCGGUAGCAAGAUAUCUAAAGUCGUUUCUGUCCGAGUUUGGGAAGCGGCAGUGGAUGGUGCACGAGCAGGUCAAGAUCAUCGGUGAUUUUCUUGCCUUCAUCGGGAACAAGAUGGCUCAGUGCGAGGUAUGGAGGGACGUGCCGGACACUGAGUUUGACAACGCCCGGGAGGGCAUGGAAAAGCUCGUCAUGAAUCGUCUAUAUUCCCAGACAUUUUCCCCCGCCAUUCCAGCACCCCAGCCGGUCCCCGGAGCGAAGAAGAAGCGGGGGGCAGACCGAGUGAUGGGCCCAGGGCGGCGGGGGCAACAUCAAGAGGAUGUGGAGCGAGAUGAGAUCCUCGCGCAGAAGAUCAACAUUUAUGGCUGGGUGAGGGAGGAGCAUCUAGAUAUCCCCCAAGUGAGUGAGAGCGGGAAGCGGUUCCUGAAGCUCGCGCAGCAGGAAUUGCUCAAGAUCAAGUCCUAUCGCGCACCACGAGACAAGAUCAUAUGCGUCCUCAAUUGCUGCAAAGUCAUCUUUGGCCUGCUCAAACACACCAAGUCGGACUCGUCUGCCGAUUCUUUCAUGCCGAUGUUGAUCUACGUCGUGCUGCAGGCAAAUCCGGAACAUCUCGUCUCGAACGUCCAGUACAUUCUGAGAUUCAGGAACCAGGAGAAGCUGGGCGGGGAGGCCGGCUACUAUCUUUCAUCACUGAUGGGCGCCAUCCAGUUCAUCGAGAACAUGGACCGCACCACAUUGACCAUCACAGACGAAGAAUUCGAGAACAACGUCGAAGCCGCCGUCUCGGCCAUCGCAGAGAAACACCGCGCCGAGUCCCCCCCGCCGCCGCCAUCCCAUUCAGAAAAGUCACCCUCCCUAAGACCGCCACACCUAGGUGAAUCAGGGCCCUCGUCAACCCGGCCCUCCAUCGACGUCGACCGCCCAGCCAGCCCACGCCGCUCCACCUCGUCCAACGAGGCCCGCGACAGCGGCGAGUACAGCGGCAGCGACGAGAAGGCCGCCAUCACGGGCCUGCUGCGGUCCAUCCAGAAGCCGCUCAGCACCAUCGGCCGCAUCUUCUCGGACGAGCCCUCGUCGUCGUCGUCGUCUGCGGCCGGCGCCAGCGGGAGUAUCGCCAGCCCCGCGCGCACUCCGCAGCCAGACCGCGCCGGCGGCGGUGGUGACUUGCGGGCGCGCCAGCGCUUGUCGGCCGAGGAAGCGGCCGCCCGCCAGGCUAGUGCCGAGACUGCCGAGGCGCAGCGCCUCCACCGCGCCGAGCAUGCGAAUGUGGUGGAGACGUUGGCGGGCAUGUUUCCGGAUCUGGACCGCGAUAUCAUCAGUGAUGUGGUGUAUCAGAAGGAGGGGAGGGUUGGGUUGGCGGUUGAUGCUUGCCUCGCGUUGUCGACGUGAGCUGGCUGGUCUUGGUUUAAUGGCGGGAGGUCGAAAGGGUUCAUUCAGCGCUGUAGGGGAAUCCGAGGGCUAGAUUGGUCGUGGGUUUCGCGUUAUGCUCUAAUUGCCUUAAUUCUUCUCUUCCUCGUCUCCUUUGCCUCCUUUCUUUCUUGCGAGCGGCAUCGGGCGGAAUGGGUGGGUUCUCUGGCUGCAUGUUUUGGUGUAUCUGCAUUGCCCGGGUAGUUGUCAGUAAUUCGCAAUUCUCGACCUGGAGAGUGACUCUCAAGGUGGCCAGCCUCUGCGUAAAUUGAUGUGACUGUUGUAUCCGUAACUGUUGUAUCCGUACGGCCUAUCGUUCUGCUGAUGAGUGACGAACUUGAAGACAGGUAAUGGCCAGUCACCGGUUCGAGAAACAGAC